AUGGUCCACGCAGCUCAGCUGCUCCGCCUACAUGGAUGCUUUUCACUCUCAGCCCGGACAGUUGUAAACGCCCUUCAAGCUUUCUGUGCAGAUGGCUCGACUAAAUGUGAAAGAAGUCGAGUGGCGGUGUUAAAGAGAGCCGACGAUGAAAACGUGGACUCCGGAGCUGAAACUGGCGAAUCUGACUGCAACAGGAUGUCAUCAUCUGGCAUUGAGCAUAUGACCAGUCGGGUCAGGCAGCAGCGGCAGCAGCAGCUCCUGCUAAUGAACUUGCAUCUGCUGGCCAACCCUGGAGACUCACUACUGCUGCAGCACACCCUGGAUCGCCUCAUCCGUUGGCUCUGUCCAAGCUUACACAUCUUCCAUGUGUCAGAGAGGGCCUCUCCAUUUAGAAGUUACAACCACCUCUGUCCUGUGGCAGGCUACCCAUCUCUGGCCAUCACCUUCUUCCUCCAUGAGGCCUAUGGAGAGGAGCGAAUCCUCAAAGUGCUGGACUUCUUUCAGCAUCCACCCUGGCAGUACCACCACACUGAGACCUGCGGAAGCCAAACUGGAGGGAUCCACAUUACCUCCAGCAGCUCCCCCGCCAAUGCCAUGCUGCAGCCCUACCUCCUGCCCAGCAGAGACUUCUAUAGUUUGGGUGCAGGUAUGCCUGUGUGGGGGGUUCGACCAGUCCACUGUGGAGGUGAAAUUCUACGUGUGACACUUUACAGUGGAUAUGACAACUAUGAGGAUGCUGUGCGGCUCUAUGAGACAGUGCUGCAGCGACAGGCAGAGGAGCAGAAGACUGGCUUCUGCUGGUUCACUCUCCACACAGAGCCCGGGCUGUGUCUGCAGCUGGCUUUGAAACAGUUGUCACCGGGGGUUAGAGUGGAGGCAUGCAGCUCUGCCGUGCUGCAGUUUAGUGUGGAAGAAAUCGGCCAGCUAGUCCCUCUGUUGCCCAACCCCUGUACCCCUAUCAGCACCACACGGUGGCAGACAGAAGACCUGGAUGGCAACAAGGUUCUCUUUCAGGUGAAAACCCCAGCUCAACCUCAGCGGCCUUUGACCUGUGCUUUCCCCCUGACAUGCCCCAGCGUGUCCCCUCGAGGAAUACAGCUCAGGAGCUUGGGACAGGGCCACAACGUGUCGCCCUGCAGCCUCACAGCGCCCCUGCCCCGGCAAACACACAGGCAAGGACACAGACCGCGCAGUGACCCUGUCCUUGAGAAGCUUCAUGGAGGAGGUGGUGGAGCCGAGAGCCAGGGAUCAGGAAGCUGCUGCAGCACCCCCCCAGGCAGCUCCUGUUACUCAUCCCAGCGCAGCAGCCCUGCGCCGCCAUCAACCACCAAUCACCCAGACUCUCCUCUGCGCCCCUCCAUCGCACGUUCACUGUCUGAUCUCCUUCUGGAAGAGGAUGAGGAGGAGCCAGAGACCAACGUAGACACAGGAGUCCCUGUCUCACUGCACUCUGACGCGCUUGUCAAAAUAAUUGCUCGCUCUUCUACCAUGGACCCUUUGAUGACUCCCCACCAUGAGAGACCUGCAGCUGUCGGGGCUUCAGCUGUUGAGGGUCUGGCCAAGGAGCUGAUUGAAUGUCUGCCACGGACACACAUACACCCUCAGGUCGCCUCCAGGACUUGGGGCUCCUCUAGAUGUGCAGAUGCAGCCAAGAAGGGCUGUGGCAGCAGGACUGUGGCAGCUGGACAAAGCCCCUCGAAAGAGCUCUUUGUGGAGAACAGGACUACUGCUGAGCUGCUUUCAGCACACACAAACAAGGAGCCAGUCGAUGAGUUCUUCAUCUAAACCCCUGUUACUACGCUACCUGCGUGGUAGUAAUCACAGUGCAA